AUGACUUGUUUUAUUUGCAAAAAAGACGGUCACGUAGCCUCUAAAUGCCCGGAAAAUAUCAAUGACACGAACGUUCUUAACCAAAAAACACUGGACACUACGGAGACACCAAUUUUCAAGCGCCCACACCCACCCACUGAAUCUUCAACUACAACUGACUUUAUGGAGUCCGAAACAACUAAAGAAAACAACGAAAACAGUGACGAAGACACGGAUGAUAAAUCAUCCCAGUCCAGCUUAGACGAAGCUUAUAAACCCAAGAGUGGAAAGAAACUCAAAAAAAAAAAUCAUAACGAUCUGGCAUUAAUCGACUGGGACCUAGUGGAAAACUUUACAUCUAUCUCCGGUAAAACGUACCCACUUUCUGGAAAACAAGUUAAAGAGUAUCUCACACACACAUAUGGAAUUAAAGAUAUAUCAGAAAUCACCUAUAAUUACACAGAAGAAAUUCUUGCCUUGAUUGAAAUGUUUAAUGACUUAAUACCGAUCAUCUCACAUCGCAGUGUUAAAAACAGACUCUCACGUAUCGUUGGUAAACUAAAACUCUUAUCUCUGAGCGUAGAGGACUACCGGGAGCUUUUCAGUUACUUUUCUCAGAAAACUCUAAUAUUGGGAGACUUCAAUGCACAUCACACGGCUUGGUCAUACACAACUGACACACGAGGUAGACUUUUAUCGGACACUAGCAUAAAUCAUAACUACGUAUUUCUUAACAAUGGACACUUUACCCGUUGCGCUAAGUUUAAUGAUAGUACAAUAUGCACAUCACCUGAUAUAUCUUUUUGUAGUGCCGAUCUCUCACUCGACUUUGAUUGGAAUAUCACUAACGAAUCUCUUGGCAGUGAUCAUCUCAUUAUUUCUAUUAAAACAUUAGACAGUACUCAAAACAGCCCUGAAUUAAAAAGGAACAUCAAACAGGCCAAUUGGGUAGAGUACACAAAACACAUAGAAUCUUCAUGUGAGGGAAUAGAUUACGGAAAUGAUAUACAAAGUAACUACGAUAAAUUCAUACGGAUAAUUGAGGAAAGUGCUAACAAAAAUAUACCAUAUAUUAAAACCAGUUUUAAUCCUAACAAAUUCAAACCAAAGCCAUGGUGGAAUCCUGAUUUAUCGAAGGCAGUAGCAGAGAGACGAUUAUCUCUUAAGAACUUUAGGAAAUUACGCACGGUCGAAAACUAUUUAAUUUAUAAAGAAAAAGUAGUUAUUGCUCGAAAAUUAAUAAGACUCGCUAAACGGAAUUCCUGGCAAAGGUUUUGUGAUAGCAUAGACUGUAACAUGGCCAGUUCUGAGGUUUGGAGGAAACUCAGAUGGCUUAAAGGUUACCGAAACCCUGUUAAUUACUUAUCAGAAAGUACCGCAGUCUCCUUUGUAACAGAACUCACCCCCGACAGUGUUUCCUUCCAGCCCCUAAAUUCCAGUAUUGAUAAUUCCAAUCCUUUGUUUUUCUCAUUUUCGGAACUUAAUCUUAUUCUUAAAAGAGUAGAUACUUCGGCUGGUUUAGACAGUAUUACUUAUUCUAUGAUUAGUCAUUUACCAGACAAUGCUAAAAAAUAUCUCCUACACAUAUUUAAUACAAUUUAUAGAACAGGCGAGAUACCAUAUCAGUGGCGUAGGAUCAAACUUAUUGCCAUACCUAAAAGAGACACUGAGAAAGUGAACACUAUUAAUGAAUCUAAAGCUCAAUUACCCAUUCACGAUCUUAAGCGACUUACCGAAGAUAUGAUAGACAUACAGUUUUCAGACUACAUUAAAAUUUACACCGAUGGGUCCAAAACAAGAGACGGUUCUAGUUGCGCGUUCUACGAUACAGCUACAGAUUUUGGGGCCAAAUUUCUAAUUGAAAAUUCAUGUAUACCCAUCAUGGGAGUUGAACUGAUAGCAAUUAAAGAAGCAAUGCAUUAUAUAGAAUCAACAUCAUACCAUAAAAUUGUAAUCCUUACUGACUCGAAGAGUAGUCUACAACAUUUGUUGAGAAGUGCUAGGGGCGGUUGUGUCGGUAGAAAUGAAGCUUACCUCGUUAUUAAAUGUAUCUAUAGAUUGAUACGUAACGGGGUUGAAGUUCGUCUACAAUGGAUUCCCUCACACGUGGGCGUCAGGGGCAACGAGGUAGCAGACUCCCUUGCAUCCAAAGCUCUACGGAACGGCAUACCUCUCGAUAUCACACCGCACUAUACUGACUACUUUCCAAAAAUUAAAAACGAAAAUUAUCUUAAAUUUAAAUGUUAUUUUAGUGAGUGCUCUCAAAACAGGGGCCUCUGGUACAGAAGCAUUGUAGACGAACCACCACGCAUACCCUGGUUUGCUUCAAGAAACCUCAACAGAAAAUAUUUAACUAUUUGUUUCCGAACCCGUACCUAUCACAUCCCACUUAACAAGUUUAACUUCACAAUGAAAAAAAGAGACGAUCCAAACUGUAAACGAUGUGAGAGAGAAGAGGACCUCCUACACCUAGUUCUUGAGUGUAAAAUCAACGAACAACCUAGGUUGGAUUUCCUAAAUGAAACUCGAUGUUCUAGGGGUGAGCUUCUCUUCUCUCUCCAUCAAAUCUUAAGUUCAAAUUUCACAGCCGAACAUAGUGGUAGAUUUGUAAGUUUCAUCAUAGACUCAUUGAAUCGUAGAUCUGACUAUUAUAAAAAUGCUCAUUAA